CCGAUUGUCCUGGUUAUGCCCACCUUUAGUCGGCAAGAAGCCGGAGUGCCAUAAACCUGCUAGUGAUAACACGGUGCUAUAUUUGUUUAUUAGUGGCGGUGCCCAAAGUUUUUUUUGGUACACAAUUCUAGGUUUGAAAUUGUUAGGCUAUGUCAGCCGAAACGUCUGGAGACGUGUACCACACAAACGACGAAGAAGUCCUCCGCCAAAUGUGGCAAGAUACUGAAGAUUUCGGAAAAAAGAAAGAGAUUCGUUCCCAUAUGUAUAAGCUGCGAGAGGAACGUCUUCGAAACUUUUACAACAGCACUGAUUCUGGAACGGAAAUUCGCACUACUCAACAAGCAUCAUCAAUAAAAGAGGGAAAUGUGCCCACUCAUGCAGAUUCGCUUCUCGAUCAAGGUUUUAUGAGUCUGAAGAGCAAGGAAAUACGCGAUUCGGAAUCGCCGACGAAGGAUAUGCAUCAGUUUAGAGUGGUUGAAACCAAUCGUGGAGAUAAUCAAGGGUGGAAUGUCGUAUCGAAAAAUGAAGUUAGUCAAGAUGGAAAAACGCAUACGUCCAUGCAGAUUGCAAGCACAUCGAGUUCGGAAAAGAUUGAUAAAGGCGUGGCAAAUUAUUCUGCUCAAUGCGAGCAAAAGUCAAGUGUGUUUCAAGAUGGGGACGACAAUAAUUUUACAAAAUCGGCUUCGACCAGUUCAAAAAGUGUAUUACGACAAGAUGCGAAGGGGGGCGAUGAUAACAGCAGUUUUCAAUCAUCUUCAACUAGUACGAGUAGUUCCUCAAGAGUCGUGAGUCAACAUCACGCAACCUCUGACUCAAAACCAAGGUCUGACAGUCAAGAGUUGGUCGUUAGAAAAACCUAUACCACUGACGUGCCAGCGGAAUUAAAACGUAGCCCAAACUACAUUGACGGUAAUACAACCGUAACAACCGAAACACGUACACUUGCUGACGGUACCAAAGUCACCACCACUCGUUAUGAAACAAAAGGCGUUUCCUCGAAAAUUAAUCAACAGAAUUUUCAUACGUCGACAACCAAAACGGUAAAUGAUUCGCAAUCCUAUCAAACCCGUCGAAAUGACACUACCAAUUUAGACCAGCGGUAUGUUAUUCGCGAUGGCUCCGACCAGAGGCCAAGAGAAUCACCUACGGGUCAACGACAUAGUACUGACAAUAGGCGCGUCGAUGAGGAAGUGAGCACGACUCGCUCAGUUGAAGAUCACGUGAACAAAAAAGUAAUCCAUGACAAAAAAGAUGAUGUCUACCUUACGAAAAUUAUCAAUGAAAAAGAGUAUAACCCCAGAGAACAACCUGCGGUAAAUGAAGUUGUCCGUACUUCUGGUAAUAUUGAAAGCAAAACUGUGACUAAUUCAAAAAUCACAAAGGUGACGCAUGAUGACCAUCGUGUUACACAAAAAAAUCAAGAUGUAAGGUACCAAGUUACAAAUGAACCUCGAUCUGAACCUCCGCGUGCAGGGGCUACUCCAAGUGGACAACAUGACUAUUAUAUUACACAAACCAAUCAGGAUGUAAGGUACCAAGUUACAAGCGAACCUCGAUCUGAACCUCCGCGUGCAGAGGUUCCUCCAAGUGGACAACAUGACUAUUAUAUUACACAAACAAAUCAAGAUGUAAGGUACCAAGUUACAAACGAACCUCGAUCUGAACCUCCACGUGCAGAGGUUACUCCAAGUGGACAACAUGACCAUUAUGUUACAGAAAAAAAUCAAGAAGUAAAGUACCAAGUUACAAAAGAAGCUAGAUCUGAACCUCCGCGUGGAAAGGUUACUCCAAGUGGACAACAACCAGAUGACGGUAUACCUUCUACUCCAGUACACAUGACAACAAUGCAUACUAAAAACGAGAUUGUGGAAACCGUAAAGUCGGAUGUUGGAAAGUCCCCACAAGAACCGCGUGAACCUCUAUUGCCAUCCUCAAAUAAGCAAAUUCCUCAAGGAUAUCUUCCUAAUAAUCGUAAACCUGGAGACUGUAAACCUACUGAAGAGAGAACGCCUACUAAUUACCGUCCACCUGAACAAGAAAUCGUUCCUAAUCAGUAUUCCACGCCUAAACCGAUGAGCGACAGUACAGUUGUCCAAAGAACCAUAACAACCACGACCACCACAGACAAACAACCCGAUAAGAUUAACACGACGAUAGUUGUGAAACCACAAACCGAGAAGGUGACAUCGGUCACGUCGCAGACCACCUACAAAACGGACUACACGGCCAAAAGGAUUAGUGUAGAUAUCAGUCCCACGCACGAUGCGUUUGCUCGUUCGCUAAGAGCCAGUCCAGAUCGCGAACGUAAACAUGGAAGUGUACGUAGCCUAAAAUCGAGCACUUCCUCUUUACGUAGCAGCACUAGCCCAGACAAAAAUUAUCCGUAUAGCAGGCACCCUGACACAUCGUCGCUUGAUCGGAAACAGCCUUCGAGGUUUUCGCCUACCAAAAACAGACCGGACUCGCGUGAAUCUUCGCCUAUAAAGAAAAUAGAAAGGCCCAUCCCCAAGAAACCUUCCACUGACAGUAGAACCAGUACCAUCACUAGACGGCACAAUACCGAUACGAAAGAAACCAGAACAACCUAUGAUAGCGGCACCAUAACGCGACAAACGAAGGGACGUCCACGUUCUAGGAGCGUCUCACCAACAACCUCCGCAAGUGACAUUGAAUUCGUUAGGAAAGUCGAGGUGACUGAUCUGGAUGAGCAUUCCCCAGAACGAAGAACUCCGUCACACGCUACAUCUAGGCCCAAAAGCGUUCCGGAUGGAUCUAUUACGAAGUCGCCUACUAAAAAACAUCCCGAAAAGGACCAACAGCCUGAAAAACCAUUGAAGCGCAGGGAUACGUACGAAGAACGUUGUCGCCAGAUACUGGGCAUAAACCAGGAGAACAAAACUCAAAAGACGCCGGAAGACAGAAAGUCGCCGGAAAAAAAAUCGGGACACCAAAUUCAGGAGUACCCCUCUCAAGUUAGACGAACGACCGAAAAGAAAGAAUUCACUGAGCACAAAACAGUCAAAAAGGACUCUCCGGGUGACUACAAUAGGCCUGUGGAUGUAACACGAAGAACUCCGGAGAAAGGCAAAGGGCAACCUGGGCGGCCUGGUGAUCGUGCACCCGACUAUUACGGUAGCGAAACUGACGAAACGAUGGUUCGAAACCGUGUCACUACUAAAACAAGUUAUACCCCUCAAAAAGGAAAGCGUCCAUCGGAUGACGAGACACCAAGAGGUCGUUAUCCCGGAAGCAGAGAGAUAACGGAAGAAACAAUAAUUAGGGGUAAUACAAAACCUGGCGAAACACCUAAAAAGGUAACGAAACCGCAAGUGGGUCGAACACCGGAGGACUAUCCUCGCACUGAAACCGAUGAGCGUUAUACACAAGAAACCGUGACGACGGAUCGUGUAACCAAAAAAUCCCCCGCUCACCCAACGGAUGAGUAUAUACCAAAAGGUCGCCCAACCGAAAAAUAUCCUGGAGGUACAAAAAUUACAACCGACGAAACCGUGAUCAGAGGUCAUGUGAUUACAAAACCAGGUGACGAACCCAAAAAAGUUACGCCGACGUCUCAGGGAAAGCGUCCUAAGGGUAACCGGCCAGUUGAUCAAGACUUCCCUAGCGACGGUGAAGAAACCGACGAGCGUUACACUAAAGAAACGGUCACUACAAAUCGUACCAUCAAAUCAUCCACCUGUCCCACUGAUGAUGACUUGCCCGAACAUAGAAGACCAAAAGAGCGUUUCCCUGAAAGCACUGAAGUUACAACACAAGAAACCGUAAUUAGAGGCCGUGACGCACCUCAAGGAAAGCAGCCCAAAGGUUACCCUAGAAACGAAGAAGAAACCGAAGAUCGUUAUACUGAAGAAACGGUGACUAGAAACCGUGUCACCACAAAAUCAUCUACUCGCCCAGCAGAAGAUGACUUGCCUGACCAUAGGAGACCGCAUGGACGUCUACCUGGGAGCACUGAAAUUACUACAAACGAAACCGUGAUUAGGGGCCGUGUGAUUACAAAACCCGGUGACGAACCUAAAAAAGUAACACCAGUAACGCAAGGAAAGCAUCCUAACGCCAGUCGGCCAGUUGAUCGAACCCCUGAUGAUUACCCUAGCGAUAACGAAACAACUGAUCGUUACACUCAAGAAACGGUGACUAGAGUUUCCACAAAAUCGUCUACUCAUCCAACGGAUGAUGACACGUCUGAAGAUAGGAAGCCAAGAAAAAAAUAUCCUGGAGAUUCAGAAAUUACAACGCAAGAUACUGUGAUUAGAAUAACAAAACCCGGUAACGAACCUCAGCGCAAGCGUCCCAAAGAUAGACAACCAGGUGAUACAGAAGAUUACCCUAGCCACGACGAAGAAACAGAAGAACGUUACACCCAAGAAACUACAAAUCGUACUACUACAAAGUCAUCUACUCAUCCCACGGAUCAUGAUACACCAAAACACAGGCAACCCCAAGGCACUGAAAUUACAACAGAGGAUUCCGUGAUAAGAGGCACAAAACCGGGUGGCGUACCUAAAAAAGUAACGCCGAUACCUCAGGGAAAGUACCCUAUAGGUAAUCGAGCGCCGGAAGAUUUACCCAGUGAUGAAGAGGAAACAGAAGAACGUUACACUCAAGAAACGGUAACCAGAAACCGUAUUAUCACGGAAUUGGAUGGUGACACACCCGAUCAUAGGAAACCGAAAGAGCAUACUCCCGUUAAGCAACCUGGAGGUUCAGCAGUUACAACCAAGGAGACCGUGGUUAGAGGUCAUGUGACUACAACACGCGGCGAAACACCUACAAAGGGUACGCCAGUCUCUCAAGGAAAACAUCCUAAAGGUAGCCGGCCGGUUGAUCAAGCACCGGAAGAUUUACCCAGUGAUGAAGAGCAAACUGAAGAAUGUUAUACUCAAGAAACGGUGACCAGAAACCGUAUGACCACAGAAUCAUCUACUCGUCCAACCGAUGAUGAUAAGAAACCGAAAGACCGUUCUCCCCUUAAGCAUCCUGGAGGUUCAGUGGUUACAACGAAGGAAACCGUAAUUAAAGGUCAUGUGACUACAAAACCGGUUGAGACAACUAAAGGAAAACAUCCUAAAGGUAGCCGGCCAGUUGAUCGAGCACCAGAAGAUUUACCCAGUGACGAAGAGGAAACCGAAGAAUGUUACACUCAAGAAACGGUGACCAGAAACCAUAUGACCACAGAAUCAUUAACUCGUCCAACGAAUGAUGACUUACCCGAUCACAGGAAACCAAAAGAUCGGUCUCCUAUUAAGCAUCCUGGAGGUUCAGCAGUUACAACCACCAUAAUUAAAGGUCAUGUGACUACAAAACCUGUUGAGACACCUACAAGAGGUACGUCGAUACCUCAAGGAAAACAUCCUAAAGGUAGUCGGCCAGUUGAUCGAGCACCAGAGGAUUUACCUAGUGAUGAAGAACAAACUGAAGAGUGUUACACUCAAGAAAGGGUGACCAGAAACCGUAUGACCACAGAAUCGUCUACUCGUCCAACGGAUGAUGACUUACCCCAUCACAGGAAACCAAAAGAUCGGUCUCCCAUUAAGCAUCCUGGAGGCUCAGUAGUUACAACCAAGGAAACCGUGAUUAGAGGUCAUGUGACUACGAAACCUGUUGAGACACCUACAAGAGGUACGCCGGUAUCCCAAGUAAAACAUCCCAAAGGUAGUCGGCCAGUUGAUCGAGCACCGGAAGAUUUACCCAGUGAUGAAGAGCAAACUGAAGAGUGCUACACUCAAGAAUCGGUGACCAGAAACCGUAUGACCACAGAAUCGUCUACUCGGCCAACGGAUGAUGACAUUCCCGAUCAUAGGAGACCGAAAGAUCGUUCACCCAUUAAGCAUCCUGGAGGUUCAGUAGUUACAACCAAUGAAACCGUGAUUAGAGGUCACGUGACUACAAAACGCGGUGAAACACCUACAAAGGGGACGCCAGUCUCUCAAGGUAAACAUCCUAAAGGUAGUCGGCCGGUUGAUCGAGCACCGGAAGAUUUACCUAGUGACGAAGAGGUAACCGCAGAUCGUUACACCCACGAAACGGUAACUACAAACCGCACUACCACAAAAUCAUCUACUCGUGCAACAGAUGGACCCGAAAAUAGGAGACCAAAAGAUCGUUCUCCUGAAAAAUUGCCUGGAAGUUCCGAAAUUAUAAGACGGGAAACCGUGACUAGAGGACGUGUGUCUACAAAACCAGGUGAUCAACCUAAAAAGGUGACGCCGAUGCCGCAUGGAAAACAUCCUUGUGAUACGGAAACAAUAGAUUUUUAUACUCGGCAAACUGUCGCUGGAAAACCCAAACAGAGAGCGCCAGAAGAUCAUCCAUAUGAAACCGAAGAGACCGAUGAACGCUAUACUGAAGAAACGGCACGGGUUACUACGAAAUCAAGUGAAACCUCUAAGAAACAUUUACCAACACCUGUAGGAAAGGCACCAACGAUUGAUGCAGAACCCAAAGGUAAAAAACCGCAUGGGCGUUCGCCGGACAAAUAUCCUAGUGAUACACAGAGAACCGUAGUUCGAGAUCACGAAACUACAAAACCAGGAAAACGGCCCACGGAACGACCAAAACAUGGGCAGCCCGACAGGGAAUAUCCAACUGAUGAAACGAGUGACUGUUAUGCUGAAGAGGUAGUGAUUCGAAAACGUAUACCAAGUGAUUUGGAAUUUACAAUAGAAAAACACCCGACGCCUAAGAGUACAAAACCAGGGAGACGACUUGUUGCCGAUGAGACGACCAGCUGUACAAGUGUGACAAUCCAAUCUAAAACUAGGCCUCAGUACGAAGGAGAACCUCAACCUCAACAACCAACCGAUGUGUCAGACUCCAGUGAUGAAGAACCAUUGGAUCAAAGUCCACAUAUUACCCAGGAAACAGAUGACUAUUACGUUUCCCAAACUGUUGGCCACACUGGAAGUAAACCCAGAAAAGGUUCUCCUGUAGCACGUAACAAACAUUUUGAACCAGAAAAGUAUCCUAGUGAUACAGAAGAAACACGACAAGUGUACGUUACAAAGGAUACUAUUCGUCGUACCAGUGAUCAGAAAGUGUCAACACGUCAACCUAAUAAACGACCCAUAGCUGAACAACCUAAACCAAUGCCGUCAAGUCGAGUCACCAAAGAAACUCGUACUGGUCAAACCACUACACAAAAGACUACUGUUACAAAGAAGACAACAGACGAUUUUGUUCCAAAACGUCGGUCACCUGAACGAGAUUCGUACAACAGAAGAGAAAUCGAUGAGCGUCAUUCGCAACAGACCACAGUCCAGACACGUGUUAGUUCCAAACCUGACAAUAAACCUAAGAAACCGCAACCAAGGAGCGAUUCUAAACCUAGAACACCUAGUGACACGUCAUCUCGUGUAACACAACGUUACGUUGCGCAGGCAACUAUUGAUCGCACUCGUGUGGUUUCUAAGCCUGGUGGUAAGCCUAAAUACGAAGAACCACGGCGGCCUGAAGAUUAUCCCAGUGACAUAGAUGAGACUAAGAAACCUGCAGGUAGACGACCUGAAGUUAGCCCCUACUACCAUUCUGAAGGUACGCACUAUAUUGCUACAAGCAGAACAGUCGUUACUGACGAAAGGAAACCGUCUAGAAAAUCUCCCGAUCGUAAAACCGUUCAGGAAUCUACACCGAAAAAACGUGUUCCUAAGGAAGAGAUUACUAGAAGAUCCCCUGGCAGGAGACCGGUAGUUGAAGAAACAAUUCAGACUCGAGACACUUACCUGACAACGGAUAAAGCAACAGUGCAUCGUAGAAAUAAAGAAGAACCUGCUGUAAAGAAACCUGGGGGAGCAAAACCAACCGGAAAUAGGCAAACGCCCCAUGAAGAUCACGAAGACAAUUAUCGCAGAGAUGAUGACUUUUAUACUUUGAAUAUCAAAGUGUAUAGGAACGACUUGAAAACCGGAAGGGAUAAACCUACUCAUAAACCAGUUCCUUCUGAACCGCGUGAAAGAACAAAAACGGAUAAAACUACUGUGUAUCGUACCGAAGAAAAACAUUUUGUUAACAAAACUACAAGGAAACCUGGCAAAGCGAAUUCAUCGGAUAGGGAUAGUCCCGUCACGCAGAUUGUGAGAAAUCAAAAACCUUCAAAAACUCGCGAUGUAAAGCCAAAACCAGAUGCUACUCGGCACGUGGUUACUACUACGAUUCAAGUGGUUCCAAAAAAGAAGACGAAGGAACCCGCUGCGAAGGCAUUACCUAAGGGAGGUAGUAAACCAAUGCCCAAGGAUAAACCUCGCGAUCAAGUGGAAACUGACGAAGAAUUUGUGGAUGAAAAUUAUAUUGUUGAUGAACAUGAAGAAUCAACAGACCGCACUUUUGAUAGACAAAUAACGCGCACCAUUACAAGCCCUGAGCGUGUAUUGAAACCAAAAUCGAGUCUUCCAACGUCUACUAGACCUACUGACACGUCGAAAAGACCCGAGAAAGUUAUAACAACAAAAUCGAUCGUGAUCAGUAAUGAUUUAGAACAUGGAAGAGAAGUAAUAGUUAACCUUCAAAGGUCGAAGUCCUCACGAGAAGCUACCCCCGAUCGUAGUUACGCGUAUCCCGCCUCUGACAAUGAAGACAAAGGUGUGCCUCGGUAUCCCGAUGAAAUUUGUGAACCGGAUGAUCCCUACCGACGUAGAAAACCAACGAAACUGUCCGACCUUCCUGUUAUUGAAACUGAAGAUACAGGAUACUUAAACAAGGUCGAUGAAACUGAUGACUGUUUACUGAGCGUAAACGAGAAGGUGACUAAAUUUGUGAAUGAAGCCGACAAGCUUAGAUCAAAUAAAUCCAGCGGUUCCGUGAUCGAUCGUCUCAAGGUAACGCAACAGAUCCCUGGUCGUCCAAAAAGUCCCAAGUGUCAAAACUAUUCCGAAGACGAGGACGAACGGUUCACCAGUGUCUCGGAGAAGGUCUCCCAUUUUAUAGAAACUGCCGAAAAAAUUAAAACCCACCAAAGCCCUCAGAGGCCGAAGGCGACUCGUCCCGAAUUUACAGUGGACGAAAAUAUCAAAAGUGACAAUUGCUUGUUAAGUGUUUCGGAUAAGGUUACAAAAUUCAAUACGAGUCCAAAUUAUAAAACUCCAGUCAGUUUAAGUAAAAUGGAUGCCCCUCGUACUACGUUGACAACUGAGUGCGUGCAAAUCGAUACCGAGGAAGAUAUGUACCGGCGUAAACCUUCAGUCGAUGAACAUGGACGAAAAAUAUCAGAACCAUCAACCCCGAAAUCCAGUCGCAAAAAUAGUGAGACUAAAACAGUUAUAAGUACCACUGGUCGUCUUCGUAGUACGGAAAGUAUUAGAAAAGCGAAAGAAAUCUUUGAAAAUGCCGCAAAAGACCAAACGCCUGUUAAGCCUCGAAGACCGAUACUCGAAGAUGAACUUAAAUCAACGCGAUUAAUUAUAGACAAAAUAAAUAGGCCACACUCUACGGAAACAGACGAUACUCCUGGUUAUAUGCGCCCAUUGAAUAGAAGUCCACGGCCCCAUAGUCCGUAUAGGGAAAGAUCGCCGUCACCUAGAGAUCGGUCUAGGAGCCCCUCCGUUGAAAGGCACCACAAGCCUCACGACCCAGCUCUCGAUCAAAUUCCUCAUUACAUGUGGCCGCUUGAUCGAUCAGUACAUUCACCUGACCGCGACACAUCGCGAGAAUCGUCCCCAUCACACACAAGACCAAUAGAAAGGGCUAGAAGUCCACUGCCAUCGGAUAGUGACGUAUACGAAAAACGCACUACGGCGUCUCUACGCAAGGUUGACACGGAAAAAGCUACAAGCAAGCACCGUUCGUUCACCAACGAAGAAAUCGAAGAAAUCUUAACUGUGAAUGAAAUCGAAGACAUCUACGAAAUUGAAAUUUUGGAAGUUCUGCUGGAGUGGGCCGUGAGCUACGAGCAAAGACGAAGGGUGCGCUCACAAAUUCGAGUUGUAAAGCAACUCAUUGUCGAUCACAAGCUACCCAAAGUUCUAUAUAAAAAGUCGCCACGUUCUAGUUCCCCCAAGUAUAAGGAAGUGGUCGUACGUAAGCCUAGUUCGACAACGCACGAGGAGCACACAAUGCACAGCUAUAGCGAGCGAAAACGAUCGACGGAAAUCAAAACUUACUCCAGAGAAGUGAGUCCCGAAACAAAAAUAAUACGAAAAUCUCCAGAACGUAAACCGCUUAAGCCCGAAUUGAAACGUGUAGAGCCGGUUAGUAAGAAAGUAGUGGAUGAAAAACCGUCGUGGGUAACACAAAGACCAUUAAAGAAAUCUUCCGGAGAUGUACCGAAGACUAAACCUGUGUCUACAACAAAGAAAUUGGACUCAAGAGUGAGUCCCCCCAAAGAACGAAAGCCGACCGAUGCUAUAACGUCCAGUUACGGUGUCGGACCUACGGAUGAAAAUGGUAGCCCUCUGUUUGGUCUCAAAGCUCUAAGGGCACAAAAGCAAACUGGCACAACAAAAGUACAAGGUACAGUUAUCAAAAGCCAUUAUUACUCCGAAAAUGGUCAUGAACCUACUGGUGAAAUAAGUGUUACUAAGUAUUCCAAUGACCAAAAUGAUUUCGAAGGAGAGGUCGAUGAGACGGAAGGGCUUGUUUCCGUGACAACCACGCAAAGGUUUGGUAAGGGCACUCCAACUAAGAAGGCUAUAAGCGACUGCGAGUACUAUCCCGAGGACGAUAAAAUCGAAGAAUACGAAAACCGGAAGUCAUCGUCGACGAGCGUUACGCGACGUGGUUCCGUUAAACAGAUGUCGAAGAAAUUCAUUGACAACGCCGUCGAAACCUCAAAAACGGAAAGGCAGACGUCCUACCCCAAGGCAGGAUUGAUCUUGCGUACUUCCAGUUUUAAGAAGUCUUCGCCCGACGACAGGGAGCCUUCGCCUGAAGGUUCAGCUGCGGUUACCACGACAGUUCGUAAGACCACGACUACAACCUCAAGCGGUAGACGUGGUGAUACCUUCCUCAAUAAUCAAACGCGUGUACGUGACGUUCAAGAUGUGAUCACACGUAUGAAGAAUUCGGAUGAUGAUGUUCAAGAGGGCGACACAGCCGAAGACGUGGAGGCGCGAAAAUUGUUAAACAAAUUUAUAGGAUCUCAGGUGAUUUUAUCUGGAAUGGAAACGCAAACUUCAUCUCCACCGUCGUCGACAGUCAGACGAACCACAACAACAACAACUACUACUACUAAGGGGGGUGGAAAACCGACCGUUGUAACACGUACAUUUACGCAUCCAAUCACGCUAGAGGACUUAGAAACCAUCUGGGACGAACCUACACUAAAAUUAUUGCUUGAACGUAGUGUCGAUUACGAAGAGCGUCGCAUUAUCCGCGGAAGACUUCGUGACGUAAUGGCGGAGAAAGAAGUUUGUGCAGAUCCAAAAUCCAACCAGGAAUCCAGUGGAAGAGUAGAGGGUGAGUCACUUCUUCUACCACUUCUUCAGGGUUUAUUAGAUGCGCCGGAUAAUGAGCAGACAGCAGAUUCGGGAACCGAAUCCGGUGAAGAUUUGCGUAACGGCCUUUUAAAUGAAGUGCAAAACGUACUCGCUAAGUUAGCAACUAGCUUGAAAAACUCGCACGACAUGAGCGAAGAACGGCGUAGUUCACUGCUGCAGCUGGUGACACGAUUACAAACCGGAUUGUCCAGUCAACAAUUGAGUGCUGGCGAACGGCGUUCUAGUGGUCACGGAAGAUUCUUGAAGAAACGCCGGCAUAAUAGGCACACCGUCGGUGUCAGUAGUGAAGAAUUAGAAGAUGCGAGACGUCUUGUGGAAGAAAUGGGAUUGUGCCGAAGCAAACCGACAUUGGAAAAGCAAAUCUCCGAGGGACACCUUUCAAUACCAACGGCCAAUGUAAAUCAAAAUAGCCCCGUCGUUAAAAAUACGACGGCUAAACCAUACGGAAGUCCUGGCAGUCUUAGUCCUUCAGGUACCUCCUCGACUAUUCACACUCCAACCGAAGUUACCGGCGUAUUGCAAUUAUCGAACCCACUCACCUCGCUUAAGAUAGCCGAACCGCGUACGUCGGAAUUUGUUUCUUCAAAUUUUUUACCCGAAAUUCAGAAGAAAACUACGACGCUAGAAUCAGAAACAGACGAUGAUCUAGUUGCGCUGAAAAAACAAACCCUAUUGCAAAAUAAUCCAAUUUACGCUAGACCGGAUUACCAAGACGACGAUAAACAGAACAGAUUUAAUAACAAAAAGCUUAAAAUCAAGAGGGCGAACACUAUUGAUAUUCCAAAACCUGUGAAUAUUUACGAAAGCGAUGAUGAUUAUGAUAGCGAUACGUCGCUUGUAGAUAAGCAGUGUUCACGUAGGAAUCAUUAUCUGGCCCUUCGGGGACCGAUUCGAGUGGGACGCAAUCAAGUUGGUAAUACCAGUUUGCCUAUUUUCGAACCGAAGACCGAAAGCGACAAGAAGUUUAUGGCGUUUAUUAACAAACACAACGAAAAGAAUGAUCAGGGCUCUUCGUGGGGACCGCAAUGUCAAGGCGCUGGUCAACGUGGGAAUAACUGGAACAACCGGUUUGGUAAUAUCAGGACGGCGUUUGAGAAGGCUUCUAUUAACGCAUCUGUGACGCCCACUAUAGGCGUUAACUCUGCCAGAAACUUUUGGAAAACUGCGGAUAGUGCGGUGGCAUACCGAAAUGAACCAAAGAUAAACAGGCACAUCCAUAGGAGAUCUGAAAAUUUCCAAGAGCGGAAAGUGCCGUGGGCCACUCCGACUAUUAACGAGAAUGAGGUUGUGACCGGCAGUUUGAAAGUGGAGACGAAAGGGUUAGAUGCCAAUAAAAAUUACAAAUUCGUUCCCCAACCUUUGCCGGUGAAUAAAUUCUCACACGCCCCAACAUCGGCGUUCGCUGCGAUCCCGAAGAAAGUCACCCCUGAAGCAAAUCAUUUCGUUAAGAGCGAUUAUCAAAGCACCGACCCCGAAUUGGAUACGCCUCUUUUCUUGUACAGCCCCAAACCGAUACCUAACGCAAGUACGCCUUCACCGUCAAGUGCUCCUUGGGUGAACACUAAUGGCGUGCAGAAGCUGGCCGCAACUAAGUUUGAGCAAAGAACCUCCGCUGAUUUACACGAGCCACCCGUUAGGAAGCCAAAGAAGGCGACUAAAGAAUUUACGUAUUCUGGGGAGAAAGACGCGCAGUUGGAGAGGGUGAGUGCGCCUUAUAUUAAUAAAUGUGCCGAUACGUCGAAUACAGUACGAAAAAUCAGUGACCAAUUUAAUAAAAGCCCUGCUCCAAGUACUACCAAACCGGAAUGGAAUUCUCCCAAAUACCGCAGUUAUCCUCCUAGUCAGUUACAGGGUGAUUACGCUCACCAUUUCCCAAAUACAAGCUACCAAACGAACAAAUCAGUUCCACAAUACGAAGAAAAACCCACUCCAAUUUACCAACAACAAUACCAAAAUCAUCCCACUAGAGUAAUCGCACCAGUGAAGGAAGACCGCCACGUACCCGAAGGUUACACAUCGUCGACUUUUGUGAAAUUCAAUCCGGCUCCAACGAAAUACGAAUCAAAUCCAGCUCCACCGCCAGUUUUCCCAAGCGCACAGUACACCAGGCAGACUUCCCAGGAAAGUUUGAAGGAGUACGAAGCGGCGGUUGCGAAGGUGAUGAAGGGUCCGGUAGCGCAACAGGCCGUAACCGUACAGCAGAAGUCGCCCAAAGGCCGUAACCAACACGACAUGGAGGUCGCGCUAAAUUUAAAGAACGCCCUACAGAAGGUUGCGGAAAAAUCGCCGGACCGAAAGUUCUCAGUCGAUUCCGCAAUUAUUUCCCAGCCGAAACCGGCACGCGUUGAGAGAAAAACGCAAAGCUUUAAGAAAACCUCGCAACCGAGCUUCUCGGUGAACGGCAGAUCACUCUCGAUGGAAUCGACCGAAAUCAACGAGAACGGCGAAUCUGUAAUAACGAGCAAAUUCCACAUACCGGUUACGAUUCCGUCGCCCAUCUCCAAAUCGCCCUCACAGCAAAUGUUCAGCAAGGCGGAUAUGUGGAAUCAGUUAAUGUACGACCAGCAGCAGACCCAAAGGAAACCGAUCAGUGCGCCCAGUGCGAAAUCAGUGCUUCGAUCAAAAUCAAGUCACACGCUGGCAGUGCCCACCGUUCAGUUUCAAGCGGGAAUGACCAGGGAUGAGGUUGUCCAGAAGAAAAGGUCGGUGGAGGCGUAUUUUAGCGGUAGCGUUUCGCCACAGUCAAUGACUGACGACGGUCCAAAUGACAAGGCGGAAGUUAAAGUAAAUAAAUCGAGUAUUAAUAGAAAGAAAACCUCGGAAAAGGUCUCCGCGCACAAGCAGAUGGGCGUGGGUGUUUCUCGCAGUCAAACGUUGCCCAAUAUAGUCUGUCCAGACAUGUUAGAUGAGAGUAAAGUUGAGGAAUCAUUCGAGGAUCUCUUUAAAUCACACGCCUAAUCGUUUACGACUGAUGUACGUAGUU